AUGUUUUCAAGUCCGACACUUUCCCCCUCCAUGUCCCCUAAGGCUCCGAAAUGUCUACCCACUCGUCGAUCCAUGAAUAUCUUCCCUCAAACAACAACAUCAACACCAGCAUCAGCAGCAACAACGUCUUCAUCCUCUUCAUCAGCAUCUUCUCCUUCGUUGCCUGCUGUUCGUUGUAAAAAAGAAACUUCGGAACCACUUAGAAAGCAACCACAACCACAACAACCAUCUCAAUCACAACAACAACGACUUCAGCACUCUGGUAGCUUUCCCCAAGGUUCCGUAGUAGCUUUGUCACGGACUUCACCACCAAUACAACCAAUACAACCAAUACAACCAGUACAACAGUCUUUGGUAUUGUCUUCCUCAUCCUCGCCAUCACUGUUGUCGAGCCAUCAUAAUCAUCAUCACUCGACACUCCGCGGCGCUACAUCAAUCUCGCAGCAACAACUCGAGCCUAGUAGCUCUAAUGAAAAUAAUAAUAAUAGUAAUAAUUAUAAUAACAAUGGUAACAAUAACCAGAGUAAACUUAAUGACAAUAAUAAACCCUCUGCUGUCACUGCUACUACAUACACCAUAAUAAAUGCUUCCAGAAAUAGUAUUAAAGCGGUCUCCAGCCUUUCAGACAGCCGCCCUAACAAGCCGCAAGCCACGCCGGCCGGCUCCGCUCAACAACAGCAACAACAGCAACAACAGCAACGACAACAACAACAGCAACGACAACCCCUACCUCUGGAGAAUUCAUCUUUGCCUGUGGCUGACACUUGUAAAUCUGUUUCUUCUAUUUCUAUUACUCCUUGUAUUUCUUCAUCUUAUUCAUCUUAUUCUUCUUCCCUUCAAACUUCAAGCAAAAAUCCAACGCCACUACAAAAGCAUCCUCUACCGCCGCAGGAAACUAAAAACUUUAAUCCCCCCCCCUCAUCUACCCGCUAUUCUAUUCCGACGGCCAUCCCGACUGUCAAACUAAAUCACCACCCCCGACAAAAAGAAGAAGAAGAAGAAGAAGAAGAAGAAGAAGAAGAAGAAGAAAAUUUACAAAAACCUUCUUUACUACCCCUCUCAGAAUCGACUUCACCACUAGAAACAGUCACCAAUACCAAUACCACCACCACCACUAAUCCAACUGGCACUCAGGGCUUGCAAGAAGAAAAAACAUUAAUACAAGACAAUAAUUUAUCAAGAGCUUGUAUUAGUAAUAAUAAUAAUAAUAAUAAUAAUAAUAAUAAUAAUAAUAAUAAUAAUAAUAAUAACAAUAAUACCCUCAGGGACCUUCAACCCAAAAAUAUUGUCCAACAAAAGGCCGUUAGCUCCGCCGCCAAAAUGGGGCCCCACAGGAAAGCUUCCUUUUCAUAUCCGUCAUACUCAUCUUCGUCAUCUUCAUCGUCGGCAUCAUCCUCACCUGCUCAUUCUCCAGCAUCAACUAACAUUCCGAGCAAGCAGCAGCAGCAGCAGCAGCACCAUCAGCACCACCACCACCAGCACCACCAUGCACAAACCAAAUCACUUUCAAAUAACCGACCUCAGCUAGCAUCUUCUCCUUUGUCUUCUUCAUCGACUAUCGCGAUACCAGAAACGAAACCUCAGCAGCAACAGCAACCUCCUCAACAAGCCUCUUCUACCAACAAAAUAGCACAAUCAAUAGCACAACCAAUAGCACAACCAAUAGCACAACCAACAGUACAACCAGCAGUACCACAACGACAGUCUCGUCCACAGAUUGAUCCUCCUCAGAAUUCCGCUGCAACCUCUACGUUACCAUCUCCUACUACUGCUACCGGUCCCAAGAUUCUUUCUCGACACUUUUUUGAGUGUUCGACAGCUGAUAUCAUUACGCUUGUAUCAUCCAUGCUUCAAGAGCUUGUUAUUCUAAAUGAUGCACUUCCUUUUGACGCACAGCAUUUGACUCGGUUUCAUUCGCGGUCGCAUCCACCGAUUUCGAUUCGAGACUAUUUGAUUCGUAUAACUAAGUUUUGUUCGCUUGAAAAGAGCAUCAUCAUGGCUAUAAUCUAUUAUAUAGAUUUGUUAUGCACGACCUUUAACAUUUUUAACAUUAAUAGUUUGACGGUACAUCGAUUUUUAAUCACAGCGGCUAUGGUUGCCAGUAAGGGACUUUGCGAUACAUUUUGCACUAAUACCCAUUACGCUAAAGUCGGAGGUUUGUCUCGAGUGGAACUUAAUUCGCUUGAAAUUGAGUUUUUGAUCCGCGUUGAUUACCGUAUUGUUCCACAAGUCGAGCGCAUGGACCAGUAUUUUGAGCGCAUGGUCAUGCGUAUGGGCGACAAGUAUCAGUUUAAGUUGGUUUCUCCUACAAGACUUGUUGUUUCACAACCCCAAUCUCAGCAGCAGCAGCAGCAGCAGCAGCAGCAGCAGCAGCAGCAACAACCACAACCACAACUACAACAUCAAAUAGCAUUUACAUCAGAUACCCAUAAUGAAGGUUCUGGAAAAUCCACCCAGGACUUUCAACAACAACAACAACAACAACAACAACGCUUGUCGUGUUCGUCGUCCUCAUCAUCAUCUGCUGAUCUGAUUGGAGACCAAAACCCCAGCAACAGUAGUCAGUCGUCGAUCGUUUUACCGUCGGAAGUUGCAGUGCGCGAAGGCCGUUUGAGCAAAUCUUCGAGCCGGAAGCGACCGUCCGUGACGGAUGAUUCUAUAAGGCACGAGACUUUUGCAUCACCUGGGAACGGCACCAGUAAUAAUGAUAAUAAUAGUAACAGCUCGGCGUCCAAGUACCAGUUUAAUAACCGGCGGAAACCUCAUUCGCAUUUACACCAACAAAAUGAUACUCAGCAUAUAAGUAACAGCAAUGGUGGUAGUAGCCAGAGCAAUAGUAAUGGAAGCAGCGGCGCGUCUGAUAGAAUGUCCACUGACGCGAGAGGUCUUCCAUGUCAUGAAAUUCAAGCUACAAAUGCCAGUACUACUGUUGAUGGUGAUGAAAGUACCACUACCAUGUCUACACCUUUGUCUACAUUGACGACCACUAGUAAUGAAGAAAUACCCAGUAGUGUGAACCGUGGAAGCGGCACGAGCGGUCGACGAAGAAGGAGUACAGGGGAGCGUGCAGCAGCUAUGGCUGGGGUCCGAUUGAUUAGAGAUUCUACUUCAUCGUCAAUAGCAUUAACAUCAUCAAGGCCAUUAACGAUUGAUCAAGAUACAUUUGAGUAUGAUUCGAUGAAUGAAGAUGAUGUUGACGAAGAUGACGAGUUGAUUGAUGAUGAGGAGGAUGACAGCGAUGGAGAUUCAGCUGUAUGGUACGAAAACUAG